AUGGCUAGUACACCAAUCGCAGCACCUCUCGAUGGCCCCACCUCAGAUCUCUAUGAGAACACAACAGUGGUAGCCGACGCGGAGGUCAACGUAGCUUCCACCAAGUACGUUUGGUCUGGUCUAGGCGACUCAUGGGCGAGCGGCGUCUCAUACGGCUUCUUCGGAACCACCGACUACGACGGAAACAUGGACCACUGCCUCCGCAUAAACCACGCAUACGCCCCGCAAAUGAGCCACGACAACUCCUGGAUCCCCGAAGGCCGCGAACAAGAGUUCCACUUCCAGUCCUGUUCAGACACCCGCUGGCGACAGAUCGACGCCGAGCCGCAUCUGGGCCAUAUCCAGUUGAACAACGUCCCUGACAACGUCGACAUGAUCGUGUUACAGGCCGGGGGCAACAACGCGAACUUCGCUCGCGUCGCAUACGCAUGUAUAUUUGCGCCACAAGGUGCAGAAUACGGUCCCGAGUACCCGGAUCAAAACGGUCAAUGUGCGAAGGAGCUCGAAGCUACAAAGCAGUACAUCCUUGGUACAGGGCGCGACCAGCUUUUCCAAGACGCGCGGUGGAUUGUCAAUCAAGUCUUCGACCAUCCUAAAGUGAAGAAGAACCCAAAGUUCCGGCUCUUUGUAGUUGGCUACUUCCAGUUCUUCUUCGACGAGGGUGGCGAGGGCGAUUGGUGUAGCAACGUGAGCUUCGGUUUGCGGUCUAGUGAUCGUCCGAGGCUUACUCUUGCUUUGCGGAAGCGCAUUAAUGCGCUUAUUCGCUAUCUGAACAAGGCCAUCGAGGACGGGGUCAAGGGCAGCUUUCAUCCGGAGCGAGCGACCUUUGUCGAUACCGAUCAGUAUCUUGAAGGUCACCGGUUUUGCCAACCUGGUCACACGCUGUAUGACCAAUAUUUUGGCGACAAUGUUUAUCUUUGGAACAUGUCUCCGAGCGGUAUCUUUAGUUGGCAGGGCGAGAUAGUGGGAGGUAUAGACGAUGGCGAUGGUAACGCAGGAGAAGGACGCCAACCGACGCAAGCCGAGUUCGAGCGCUGGCUUGAGACCGGUAGAUUCACCGACGACCCUCGCGAGAUCGAGUUCAACUUGACUGCUGCGCUCCAGUCCGGUAACGAUGUAGCCGUCGCAGAUGAUCCAGAUAACCUGCAGUGGCUCGACAUGAUCGGCCCGUAUCAGCAGAACUACCCCGGUUUGACACUCCGACCGUUCCACCCCACGGAGAGCGGCUACCGUGAGAUGGCGAAGGCGAUCAUGACGAAGGUGAAAGAGAAGCUUGAGAUUGAUUACCCACCUAAACCUGCUCCAGCUCCGACUCCAUCAAAGCCGAAGGCCACCCAUUCGAUCCAGAUCUUACUGGCCAGCUACGGUGCUAGUAAGUGGUGGCAGAUCUACCAGGGCCCGCUAGGUGUACCAGUCAAACUUUGUGUCGACGAUGGCCGCUUCAAGGAUGCUGUCAUUGACGAAGAAAAAUUUGAGAAGGACAUGUAUCAGAACGACGCCAAUAUCCACGAUCCACCUUACGUGACGGCGGGCAAGAAGUGGCCUCUUAAGAUCGAUGGCGAGGAAGACUGUUCUUUCGAAUCCAGCGCUAACAGUCCCGGGUUUCUCAAGUGCGGAGGUGGUCUAGAACUGGACUUCGCGGCCGAUCCUCAAAAGGGUGAUAAGACUGUCACUUGCGGAGCGGUGCAGGGCCGGUUGGAUAAUGUAAAGUUGCAUCGCGCGUGGUAUGUCGAGUACUGA